AUGUCCCAAAGCACCACUUACCAGAAAUUUGUCAUCAAAAACCAGCCGGUCAAUGGCUUCAAUUUUGACGCAUCUUCUCCCGAUGCCACCUUCCAGCAGGUCACCAGUGAGGUGCCAAGUGAGCUCCCUGAAGACCAUCUUCUUGUGAAAACCAUCUACGUGUCCAAUGACCCUGCUCAAGGGUUCUGGAUCUACUCGAAUUUCGGCAGUGCUUACGGUGGCAAGAUCCCGGUGGGGGGCAACGUUCCUGCUCUUGGGAUCGGUAAAGUGGUGAAAUCAACUUCCAAAGACUACGCACCAGGAGAAUACAUUUGUGGGCAUUGUGGAUGGAGCGAGUACGCUGUGCUUAAUACCAAAGAUUCCAAAUUAUUGUAUAAGGUCUCCACUGCCGGGGACUGGGAUCCUACUAAAGUGCCGUUGCAACACCAAAUGGGGGCGUUUGGUGCUACUGGGAUCACCGCGCUCGCUGGUUUGGUGGGAGUUGCCAAACUUGAUAUUGAAAAAGAUCACGGCUUGACCUAUCUUAUUACCGGGGCUGCGGGGGCCGUGGGGACCAUGGCGGUGCAAAUUGCCGCGAACGUCCUCAAGGCUAAAAAAGUGAUAGCGGUGGCCGGAGGGGCCGAGAAAUGUAAAUGGGUCGAGUCGUUUGGCGAUAGUGUCGUGGCCGUUGAUUAUAAAGACGCCAAUUAUAAAGAAAACUUCAAGAAGGCGUUGGGCGAUGACAGAAUCAAUGUUUAUUUCGACAACGUUGGGGGUGAAAUUUUCAAUUAUGCGUUUGAUUUCUUGGGGAUGAACGCCUCUGUGGUGUGUUGUGGUGCCAUUUCCUCCUACCGUGGGUCUGGUCCACAACCAUUUUACAAGUUGGGAAUGAUUGUCACUAAACGAUUGUCAAUCCAAGGAUUCAUUGUCAGUGAUUACAUCGCCCAUUUCCCUGAGUACAAGAGCAACCUAUUGAAAUGGUACCAAGAAGGUAAAAUCUCCCCAGAAUGUACCACUGUCGACGCCAGAGGUGACAAGUUCUCCAAGAUUCCUGACGUAUGGAAUGGGCUUUUCAGCGGGUUCAAUAAAGGCAAACUCAUUACUCAGGUUGGCGAUGAUAAUUAA